CCUCAGAGUCGCCCAAGUGCCUGGCCAGCCCCGGCCGUGCACAGCUGCCCCACGGACCCUGGAAACUAAGGUCCUGCCGAUGGGCGAGCGAGCGAUGGUCCAGUCGUAAGGCCCAGCCGGUUCCGCUCUGCUCUCCGGCUGGGAAGGCCACGAGGAUGCCCCCCUCCUGCCCUGCUGCGGCCGCUCUGCUCCUCCUGCUGGGCCGAUGCCUGCUGCCGUCCGCGCUCUCCUUCCCCAAGGACCUCGCUCCCCUCAGCACCGUGGGCCUGCCGACGACGUCCCCGUACCCCUGCUUCCGAGGCCUCGCCGGCGACAAUGACACGGCCCAGCUCGGCCUGGACUUCCAGAGGAUGCUGCGGCUCAACCAGACGCUCUUCAUCGCCGCGCGGUGA